CAAAAGUUUAGAGCAACGAUAUGUAGACGAACAUACAGCGCACCUUCCCACCGAGUUUUUGUUUGCCUGCGUGACUAGUUGGGUCCUUUGAAUUGUACAUAAAAGUGAGCUAGACUGUACUGAGGGGAACAUAAGGAGACGACGGAGGCGCUUCAGCCAGGAAAGAAGUGCCGUGAGAAAGAUACCGUCUCUCUCUUUCUCUCUCUCUCUCUCACACACACACACUAUACCACAGCCGCGCCCGGAUCACAUCCUACAGCACAGCGCUCUCCCUGCUCUCCUGCUAUAGCAUGGCCAGUUCGAGUAAAGCGACUUUAAUCUUGCUCAUCUACGGAAUCUUAAUGCACUACAGCGUCUUCUGCACACCUAUCGGACUAAGUUACCCUAAGAUUAGACUUGAAAACGACGCCUUCGAUGAGGAUGGGAAUUCAUUAUCCGACAUGGGUUUUGAUAGCGAUCAGAUUGCUAUACGAAGCCCACCAUCCCUAAACGACGACGCGUACACUCUAUACUACCCAGCAGAGAAAAGACCAGAAAGGCAUGCUGAGGAAGAAUUAGAUAGAGCCUUGAGGGAGAUCCUGGGUCAGUUAACAGCGAGACAUUAUCUGCAUUCUCUGAUGACAAUUCGUGCAGGUGAAGACAACAGCAUGGAGGACGAGUCAGAGCCCUUAUCCAAAAGACAUUCAGAUGGGAUCUUCACCGACAGCUACAGCCGCUAUAGAAAGCAGAUGGCCGUGCAGAAAUACCUGGCAGCGGUUCUGGGAAGAAGGUACAGACAGAGAGUUAGGAACAAAGGACGUCGACUGGCUUAUUUGUAGCGUUGUUAAAGCGCCCAAACUGCCCUCCUGUGUAUAUACAUCCAGUCGUUAAAUCAAAGUCAUUCAGAUAUAUCUGACCAACCAGUGGAUUGCGCCUGUGUUCUUUCAACAUGUAUUUAUGUAUGAAGUAAAGCCAUUAAAAUGAAUAUUUUAAUAAUAAUAUCGUUUUUUUUCUUUUUGUACAAAAGCACUUGAUACCGCACAGUUAUACUUUGUGGACCAAUAUUUUAUUUUCAUGUUCAGAUGUUGAAAACAAAACAAAAUGACUAAAAAAAAAAGGAAUUAGAAAAAAGAAGAUAAUUGUGCACCUUCAACGUUAUGCGCUUGAAAUCUUUAAAGGUCAUCUACAUAUGCAGAAAAUAAAUAGAUUUUAAAAAGACAAUCAAAGUAUUGAAUGUUAUACUUAUUUUUGUAACCAACGUUCUAUUUUUUUAGUGUUGUUUGUUUUCCAAACAGGCCCAAAGAAGCAGUGAGCAUGCUAUGUGAGGCAUAUCCGGCUUAUCCUAAAUGAUAGAUGUUGCCCUUGUCCACCCUUCUCCACGCUCCCUUAAUGGGAGCUCUGUGGGUUUGUAUAGCUUGCUGCCCCUCCAGGGGAAUUCAGAUGGCUUUUGUUGUACAGCCUCUCAUUUGGUGGUUAACUGAUUGACUUACACGCUCAUUUGUGUAACUGGUGGUGGUAAAAAAAAAAAAGAAAUCCAACCCCUCUUUUAAACAGAAAUUUCAUCGCAGGCUUUUGAAAGGGCAUCACUGCCUUUCCUAAAGAUGAAGGAAGCACUCAAGUUGCUGUUCACAGUAUGCGGCAAACACUGCUUGCUCACUUGCCUCAAAGUCAUCCACUGUAGGAGAUCAAUCGUGCUCGACAGGACUGUUUAAAGAAUGUUCCAUAUAUGUGUGUGUUUUGUACAGUAUCGAAAACGACACAGUGCACAUAUUCAUCUCAGUGUUGUCUGUGUUCAGUCAACAGAACUAUUUGGAAGAAUGUGCUUCAACUGUUGAUUGUAUUUGGGCAGCACUAGGCUACAUAUACUCAGAAAGGACCCAGAACAUGUAAGAAGCAGGAGAUGAAGCAUUUUUUUUCUUUUGAAAAGAGGUGGAGAGGAAAGGUAGCAUCUGAGUUCCAGCUAGGGAUAUUUAAUUCAUAUUUCUUAUUUAUUGGUGCAUGCACACCUUGCUUAUUUUUUGCUAAGACACUGCAUGCCAUCAUGCUUUUUUUUUUGGAUUGUCCUAUUUGGGAGGUGGGCUGUGCUAAGCCUAUUCCAGACGUGUUUGAAAUGUGGAGGAGGAGGGCUAGAUGUGGUGGAAACUGGUACUGCACUGACUUGUUGAAUUUUUUUACCUCCCCUGCUGCUUGCAUUGUGGAUAUCAUAAGGCAAAACACUGGACUCCCUUUUUUUUGCUGAUUGCCUUUGUCCUCGUAACAGUUUUUUAAAGUUUCUUUUGCUUCUAGAUCACCGUGGUAAAUUGUUGAUAUGACAGUGCUGUGAUUCAGUUGUUAAGACGAAGCUGAUCUGUGUUAGAUAUGUACUGGUUGGUACUGUGCAGUGAGGAUGUGACAAAGAGAUGAGGAGAGUGUUAGGAGAGAGAGAGAGAGAGGUAUGCAUGGAGAGGAAGAGAGAGAGAGAGAGCAGGAAGCAAAGAGAGACUGUGUGUGUGUGUGUCAAAGAGAAAGCAAAGUAGGCUGUUACAUUAGAGACAGGUUACAGCACCCAUGAGCCAGAGAGAGGUUGUCACACCUGAAACGAAUAGGAGGUGGGAGCUCCGUCACCGCCGCCUCACCUCACCUGCCAAAGUUAAAUCAGGGUCAAUGAGUCUGAUGGAAAAUAUUGGACGUUGAAUUCCCUUCACUUUGGUUUCAGCUGAAGCAAGAUGCGAGUGAAGCUGGACGAGGCCACUCAAUUGUUUCCUUCUCGCACUAGAACAGAGGUGAAUGAAAAAUUCAGCCCUCCGAGCAGAGGGAUCUUCCCACUGACUUUUAUUGGAGAGAUAUCUCAUUUAUUUAUUCAAUAUUAUGCAAAUGCAGCUUUAUGUACCCCUGCAAUCCAAUCAGUGGCCUGUGCCCCCCCCCCAAUAGAAACUAUCAAUACACUCUUCCUUCAAUUUGGCUUUAUCCUACAGGCUUUGUGUGAAUGUGUGAAUGUGUGAGUGUGUGUGUGUGGAUGUUUGCAUACUGGUGCGCAUUUGUGUUUAUGUGUGAGUGUAUUUAAUAUCCGUUUGUGUGAAUGAGUGACUGAACGCGCACGUGGAGGUGGAAACAGCUUUUGGCUUUGGUGCCUUGCUUCGAUGUGAGAAAAAAAUAAAACAAAAAAAAAAAAACAAAACAAAAAAAUUCGCCACAAGUGACAGAUGGCAAUUUUAGUGGCCCUACAAUGCUGCAGUCCAUUAGCUUACAUUGAAACUUCCUUUUACUCUGUUUAAUUGCUCGGCUUAGUCUGCCCCAACAGUAGUAGAAUUAGGCUUUCUUUUUAAAGCAUGGCCAAUGAGUUAUUGAGUAAAAAAAGAAAAAAUGAAUAGGAUGUAUAUGUUGAUGGAGCAGGCAGUGUGUAUGUGUGUGUGUGCAUGAGUUUGGGGUGUUCAGUGUCUGUGAGAGUUGUGAACAAUGACCAGUGUUUGUUAUUGUUGAUUAUGAGGUGUUGUUGAUUAUUUUGAUAUUGGUCCAUAAUUUAUUAAUCCGAAAACAGCACCAACAUAUUAUUUACAACUAUGUGCAUCACUAUCUAGAAUAAAAAGGGGUUCAGAAGAAGUAAAAGAGAUUUUGUUCAGAUCAUAGAAAAUGCCUGUUGUUGAUAUUUCUGAAAGCGCCAAACGCCUUACUUCAAUGUUUAAUCUCUUAUCUAUCUGAAAACAAUGUGUUUUAAAGGUGAACAUUAGUACAAGUGACAUCGUUAUACACACAGGAGUCCUUAUAUGGGGUUUUACGUUUCUCAAUGUUAUGAAAGUGUUGUAAGAUUUGUAUGAAUAAAUUUUUGUAAACAACA